AUGGCCCUGCCUCACUCGACAUCGACGCUCCUGCCUCCGGGCACGGUGCAUCUCGUGCUCGUGGAGCGAGACGACGAGAUCGUGCUCGUGCCCAAGCCCUCGAGCCACCCGGACGACCCCUUGAACUGGUCCAAGUACCGCAAGCUGCUUCACAUCAUCUGCGUCUACAUGUACACCUUCACCACGGGCGUCGCCGCCACCGCGACAUACUCGUGCCUCGUCGACAUCAGCCGCGAGACGGGCAUCACGCUGACCGAGCUCAACCUCGGCACGGGCUUCAUCUUCCUGCUUGCCGGCUGGGGAAACCUCAUCUGGCAGCCUCUGGCGCUCAGCAUCGGCCGCCGCCCCGUCUUCCUGCUCAGCCUGGUCGGCUGCUUCGCCAUCACCGAAUGGACCGCACACAUCUCCUCGUUCCCGCAGUGGGCGGCGGCCCGGAUCCUCUACGGCUUCAUGGUCGCCCCUGUCGAGGUGCUGCCCGAGAUCAGCAUCCCGGACACGUACUUUGCCCACGAGCGCGGCGCGUACGUGGGCUACUACAGCCUGAUUCUCAACGGGAGCAACUUUAUCGCCCCGCUGUGCGCGGGCUUCAUGAACGACGCCAUCGGCUGGCGGUGGGUGCAGCAUUGGGGUGCGAUCCUGCUAGCCUUCAACUUUGUCUUCUCCUUCUUCCUGCAGGAGGAGUCCAUGUACUUCCGCUCGACCGUCGAGGCGGACACGCAGGAGUCCGACUCUGCCGUGGAGAUUGGGCAGAUUGCGAGGGUUGCGUCUGCCGGGACAGCGAACGACAAUGACAAUGACCACGACAACGACAACGAGAAGCAAAAGACCACUUCUACCGGCUCGCCCGACCGUAGCCCAUCGCCCACCGCGACCACCACCGUUACCGCCACCGCCGCCACCAGCGGCACCGCGAUCCCACAACACCCAAAGCCCAUGUGGAAGCGCAUCACCUUCUACACGCCCUCCGAGCUCAGCGUGUCCCAGGCGCUGACCAUUUCCUGGCGGCCCAUCGUGAUGCUCUACCACUUCCCCAACAUCCUGUGGGCGGGCUUCCAGUACGGCUUCACCAACUCGUGGUACUCGGUCUACAACGCGACGGCCUCGCUCAUCCUCACCUCGGCGCCCUUCAACUUCACCUCGUCCAUGGUCGGCGUGACGUACCUCGCGCCUUUAUUCGGCGCCGUGAUUGGGGGGUUCGUAGCCGGCCCUGUGAGCGACAAGCUCGCCCUGCGCCUGGCGCACCGGAACCAGGGGCUGCGCGAGCCCGAGCACCGCCUCUGGGGCCUCGUCUCGUACGGCGUCAUCCUACCCCUCGGCCUGCUCAUGUGGGGUGUCGGCGCGGCGCACGGUGCGCCCCUGGGCGUCAUCCUCGUGGGCAGCGUCUUCUGCGGCUUCGGCAUCGUGAGCGGUGGCUCCUUUGCCAUCGCCUACGACGUCGACUGCUUCAAGGAGAUUGCCGGCGAGAGCAUGGUCUCGCUCAUCCUCGUGCGCAACACCAUGACCUUUGCGUUUAGCUACGCCAUCACCCCCUGGAUCGAGGCCAGCGGGCUCCAGAACACGUUCAUCGCGGUCGGCGUCAUCGCCCUGGUCACGGGCUUCUCGUUCCUGCUCAUGAUCUGGAAGGGCAAGAGCUUCCGUGAGAAGGGCGCCGAGAGCCCGCAGUCUCGAACCAUGCUCGAGUCCCACGCGGCGCCCGACCUCUCGGACGCGGCGCUGGGCGGCGUGCCCAUGCGCAUCCGCGGCCACCGCUUCGUCGACGGCUACAACCGCGUCGUCAUCCCGCGCGGCCUCAACGUCUCGGGCUGCAGCAAGCUGCCCACCACCCCGGACGGCCGCUCCCACCUCACCGAGGGCUUCUACGACCUGCACCGGACCGUCUCCUUUGUCGGCCGCCCGUUCCCCCUCGAGGAUGCCCCCUUCCACCUCGGCCGCCUGCGCACCUACGGCCUGACCUUUAUCCGGCUGCUCGUCACGUGGGAGUCGCUCGGCCACGCCGGGCCGAACCCGGCCACGGACCUCGACGUCGAGUACAUCGACUACCUGCGCCGGCUGGUCGCCAUGAUGCCCCAGUACGGCCUCAAGUGCUUCAUCUGCGCGCACCAGGACGUGUGGAGCCGGUUCAGCGGCGGCAGCGGCGCCCCGGCCUGGACGUUCGAGGCCGCCGGGUUCGACAUUGAGGCGUUCACCGACACGGGGGCCGCGUACAUCCACGGCCAGGACGAGGCGAGGCGGGCGGGCGGCCUGGCCAAGGACAACGAGCCCAGCGGGCCGUUCGUCUGGCCGUCCGGGUACCAGAAGCUCGCGGCGUCGACCAUGGCGACGCUCUUCUGGGCGGGCGAUGCGCUGGCGCCGAAGCUGCGGUGUAUGCGGACGGUGCCCAGCCCGUCCGGGAAGGGAGAAGCAGAAGUAUCGGUCCAGACCUUCCUUCAGGACGCGCUGAUCGAGGCGUUCGGUCGCCUGGCGGACGCUGUGUCGCCGCUCGAGGCGUGCAUUGGCUUCGAGGCCAUGAACGAGCCGCAUCGCGGGCUGGUCAACCUGCACCAUGUCCACAACUGGAACUACGACACGGAUCUGCACAUCGGGCACUACCCUUCUUUUCUUCAGGCCCUCGCCCUGGGAAGUGGGUACCCGCAGGAGGUGCCCUUCUACGUCAAGACCUGGCCGUACCCGACGCGCGUGUCGCACUACUCCCGCAUAGACCCCAAGGGUAGACCCGCGUGGCUCACGGGGGAUCUCGCCGUGUCGUCGUCGGCACCGGACAGGCCAAAGGGGCUGGGCGGGUGCGUGUGGCAAGCCCACGGUGUGUGGGAGUGGAACAGCAAGACACAGUCCCCGAUAGUGCUCGAGGACAAGUACUUUGAGUACGACCACAGGCCCGGCCGCGAGGGCAGGCCGCUCGAGUGGUACCGCGACUGCUACGCGCCCUUUGUCCGGCGGUUCAACGAGCGGAUGCGUCGGGCCCGGAGCACGGCCGCCGCUACUGGCAAGAAACAAGGCGCAGAAGGAGUCACGGACAUGAUGGCCUUUGUGGCGCCCAUACCCAACGAGUUCAUGCCGCCGUGGCAGCCCGUCAAACACGAGACCGCCGCGCGGAGGCAGACUUACGCCACCAAGACCAUCAUCGACACGCCCCGGCCCGAGAACAUGGUCUACGCGCCGCACUUUUACGACCUCAACGUGCUCUUCAACAAGGAGUACAGCGGGGUCAUGAGCGUCGACGUGCAAGGUCUGUCGAGGGGCGUGUUCCCCCUAAAAGCGCUGCACUUCCUCUCGGCCGGUCUGCGGAGGAACUACUCCCGGCAGAUUGGCAACAUUGUCAAGCACGGGCCCUUGUCGCUGGGCGGCAACGUCCCGACGAUCAUCGGAGAGAUCGGGAUCCCCUUUGACAUCAACGGCAAGGUCGCGUACAGGACGGGCAAUUUCGACAUCCACCGGGACCUCUACAACGCACUGAUCGCGGGGAUGGAGGACAGCCUGGUCGGGUUCACCCUGUGGAACUACAACCCGGGCAACACGGUCGAGUUUGGCGACGGCUGGAACAAGGAGGACUUUAGCAUGUUCACGAGCGACGCCGCGCCGGAGCACGUACCGGACUACCGCAACGCCGAGCACGAGGCGGACGAGGUGUACAAGGGCGGGCGGGCGAUCGAUGUCCUCAUCCGGCCGUACGCGGCCAAGAUUGCGGGCGAGCCGACCCGGACGAGCUGGGAUCCUAGGACGCUCAGGUUCGAGCUCGACUGGACGGUCGGUGGGAAGGAUGUUUCCGCCGGGCACAAGGACAAGAAGAAGGCCCUGCUCGAUGAGCUGGAGGACAAGGCGCACCAGACAGAGAUUUUCCUGCCGGCAUACCACUAUGCUGGGAAGAAGCUUGUGGUCAGGGUGAAUGAUGCGGACUGGUCGUAUAAUGCUGUCCAGCAGACGCUGUACGUGCGCAGUCGGCUUGGGGCUGGGCUUGAUGGCGGGCGCGCGGGUAAGCGGCUUGCUGCGAAGACGCACAGGGUCGUCGUGGAGAUUGAAGGGCUACAAGAGCAUCUGCUCAAGAGAGUUCUGCAGAGGCGGCAGGCUCUGGGCAAGGUCGGGCAGCUUGGCAUAUUGGGGACCACACUGGCCACGAUGCCGCCUGCCGUCGAGGUCUGGGUCGAGGAUGUGCUCGCUGGCCGGGACGAAACGUUGUUGGGUGUGCUGGCUGCUGUAUUGAUCAUGCUAUUGGCUAUCAUUCUGGCAAAGGUGGUAUGA